GAGGAGCAGGAGGGGGCGCGGGGCGGGGUCCUGAAAUUUCUCUCUUUUCGGAACGAAGUCGGGAUGGAUAAUUUGUUAGGUUUCAUAUACGGGCAGGGAAACUGGACCUCAUUAUAAACUGCACAAAAAAUGGAUAGUGAGGUACAGAGGGAUGGGAGAAUCCUAGAUUUGAUUGAUGAUGCAUGGAGAGAAGAUAAGUUACCAUAUGAAGAUGUGGCAAUACCCUUGAAUGAACUUCCAGAACCAGAACAAGACAAUGGUGGAGCAACAGAAUCAGUAAAAGAACAAGAAAUGAAAUGGACUGAUCUGGCUUUGCAGUAUCUUCAUGAGAAUAUUCCUCCAAUUGGAAAUUAAUUUCUCUGUAUAGAUUAGCAUAAUCACUACUUUAUUCAGAUGAAUUUCCUCUCAGUUUUGGAUUGCAGUCUUUUGUCCUAUUAGUCGUGUUUUGAGACAGCUGAUAAAUAAUUGUUUUAACAAAAACAGUUGCUUAAAAUGCACUAAGGGUUUUCUGUAGUCUGUGAGACAUUUCUUACACUUCUCCAAGUGCUAAAAAUUUUCCUUGAACUUUCCAGCAGAGGUCGCAAAAGUACAACAGUUUCUUUGAAUAUGAAUCGGUUUUUAAUCAACUUGUAAUGUAUUGCAAAAAUUCUGUAUGUUUGCAGUUCUUGGUUUCAAUAAAUUCUAUUCAUAGCAAAUAUAUUCCAUGGAAAUAUAGGAGGUUCUGCUAGUUAAAGCUCCUUCAGUUCAUCUUCUUAAUGCCAUUUGGAAUAUUGGCUGAAGGUGCUCAAAGUAUGCAUUACCAAGCAUAAUAAAACUUUAAUGACUUCAGCUUCAGACAGAGGGGUUAAUGCACAAAUGUAGCAAGGGAGGGAUGUAAGAUAGAUACUCAGUUGUAAUUUCAUAAACAAGAACAGUGGUGGGGAGUUAAAGGGAGCUCAGUUAAGUAGUUUCUUUUGGUGCAUGUUGCAUUUCUUAAAAGAUAUUUGCUUAAUAGACUUUAGUAUGUCCUAGAAAAUUCUACCCUAAAAUGACAAUUUUGCAUCUAUCCUGUAGAGAUGCUUAAGGUCGUCCUCAGUGAGAUUCUUGAAAAUGUGAUAUGAAACAGCUCAACAUAUAACAUGCUAUGUAGAUACCAUUCUUUUCUAAUAAACAAAGAUUCAUCUUGUUGAUAGCUAAAUGCAGAAAGUAUUAGAUUCCACUUUUGCAGUGAAUUCACAAGUGAUAUGGCAAAUCCAUAAAACCAUUACUACACAAAUUUAGUGCCACAACUUUAGUUUUCUUCCUAAUAUCAGCCUCUUAAUAUAUUAUUGUUAUUUUUACCAACUCUGAGGAACUUCAGAAAUAGUUUGUGUUAUGCCACUAGGGAAUAGGUGUUAAGGAAAAUCUGUUAAACCCAUAUAAGCCUUCCUUCAUGCCUUUAGGUGCCCAUGGGAUUUGUGGCUUCUGGGUUUAAAUGUGUAUCAUACUUUGCUCUUUAUAUAAUACUGGAAAGUUUUAAUGUGAGCAUGCUUGGACUAUAGGUGCAAUUUUAAUAACUGCUAUUCUUCCAAGACUUUUCUUAUUUUAAGAAAAUAGUCUAUUGUCCCACUUCCCAGUGGUUUCUUAAAACAUUAAAUUUGUUGUAAUGUUACAUUAUGCACAAUAUGCCUCUUGCUCUGAAUCAGUCCAAAAGGACCUGACUGUUAUAGGUAUUCAACAAGUCUUCAAUUCAUAAAUGAAUAAAUAUGAAACAGAAUGUGAGACUAAUAAGAAAACGUAGAAAACAGAAUAUGGGAGCUACAACAAUGAAGUAGCCUCCUCCUCUUUACUUUUGCUCUUCUGUCUAUGAUAUGAAAUGAUAUGAAGAUUUCAAAGAAUGAUCCUAUGUAGAAUAACCAUAGAAUUUCUGUAGAACCCAGUGGGCUGACCUGAGCAGUUUUUGUAAGAAAGUUUCAUAUCAAAAAUCUUCUAAAGUUCUGUUCCAGCCAGGCAAUAUAUAAUUAAGCAUUUUAAGUUGAUAUUUCAAAUUAGAGACAGGAAUUCAUUUAUUUGUUUUAUUAGACUUAUAUGCUUCUCUUGAGAUGCUUACAUACCUACAUAAAGUACGAAGAUUAAAAAUAUAAUUCAUAAAUCAUGAUAUUCCAAACAUCAAGAACAAACAUUCCUCUCGCAGGAGGAAUCAAAUUCAAACAUAUUAGACCUCAAGAUAGUUUGGCUGAUCUGAUCUUAGAAGGAGUACUGUUCAGGGAAGGCAGCAACCAAGAAUAUCUUAUUCCCAUAGUCUUUGUAGAUGACACUUCCUGGGGAUAGGGACAGGGAGGGAUCCUUGUCUUUCACAGCUUAAUGGACAGGUAGAAGCUGCUGGGAAUAGGUAGUUCUGAAAAUACUCAGGUUCUGAGCUAUAUAGGGCUUUAAAGAUAACCAGCACCUUGAAUUGCUCCCAGAAGCUGAUAGCCAGUGCAACUCUUGAAGUAGGGGUGUUAUUUGGGCAAAGGUGCCCAUAACUAGCAUAAAAGAGAAAGUAAACCCUGUGACACCCCAAAGUGGAGGAUGCUUUGAUGACCUCUUUCUCACUACCACCAACAACUGGAACUGCCCUUCAGGAAGGAGAAUCAUUGCAAAACAGUAGCUCCACCCACAUUCCCAAUCUUCACAACCAGUCCAAAAGGUUGAUACUGAAGGCCACUUAAGGUCAACAGGAUCAAAAGGGUCACGCCUCUUUAGUCCUAUCACUAAUCAUAAGAACAAUCAUGGAUUUGGUUCCAUAUUCAGGCCUGAACCCUUUCUGUGGAAGGUUGUUGAGAAUAUGGUGGCCCUGCAGUUGUGGAGAGCCCUAGAGGAAAUGGAAGGUAUUUGGAAGCCAGUUAAUAGCCAGAUUUGAUAAAUGCAGUAAUGCUAUUCUUAAAACAAGUGGUACUGCACUCUUUCCCAUGGAAGCAUUUACCACUCUGAUCCAGCCUUCUUAAUGUUACAGUCCUCCAAAGGCUAUAAUACUAAGAUAACCAGAUGUGCAUCUCCACCCCAUGCUC